UUGUUUUGCUUCUCUCACUCGUCUCAUAACAGUCUUAUAAACACAAAGGAAAAAGAAAAAAAAAAAACAGAACCAAUUUCGAUUUUCUUUUCUAGUCCACAAAAAUGGCUGCGGCCCCUCUCUCUGUGCGACCCAACUCUCUCUCUUCGAAUUCUGCAUUUCCACGACCACCAACUGCACCAACAUCAACUACAAUUAGUACCCAAUUACAGUCUAUCAAGAAAGAGCCUUGGAGGCUCACUAUUUUGCCAUCUAGACGCUACUUCUCUGGAAAAGGCGCGAGAGCUAGAGCUAGCUCUAGAGCUGAUGAUUCGGCGCCGUUUGAGAUGUCGGUAGAGAACGCACUUAAGCUUCUUGGUGUAUCAGAAGGGGCUUCUUUUGAUGAUAUACUUCGCGCCAAAAAAUCUAUUCUUGCUUCUUGUAAAGAUGACCAAGAAGCAGUUGCUCAGGUUGAGGCUGCAUAUGAUAUGUUGCUCAUGCAAAGCUUGACGCAACGCCGAGCUGGAAAGGUUGCAAAUAGUGAUAUCAGAUAUGCUGAUGUUAAACCCAUAAAUGGCCCAGGGAUGGGAUCAGUUCCUCAGUGGCUGCAGGCAACAAUGAAAAAGACACCUGUUUCAGUGGAAACACCAUCAACAGGUGACUUGGGAAUACGAGCAGGAGUUUAUGGAGCUAUGAUGGUCUUAACUUAUGUUAAUGGAGCUUCCUCAAUAUCUGUUGCCCCUUAUGCUGGAGCUGAUGUUCCUGGGCUGAUCUUAGCUACAACUUUUGGGGCUUCAUUGUACUUCUUGACCAAAAAGAAUGUGAAGUUAGGGAAGGCCACCCUAAUAACUUUAGGAGGUCUUGCAGCCGGUGCUGUGGUUGGAUCAGCAGUUGAGAAUUGGUUGCAGGUUGACAUUGUCCCAUUUCUUGGCAUACACUCCCCUGCUGCCGUAGUUAGUGAAUUCAUUCUCUUCUCUCAAUUCUUGGUUUCCCUCUACCUGAGGUAACAUUAGAGGAGAUUGUAAUUGUAACUGGAAUGCUGAACCCUGUAAUUAUUCAUUUGCAUGAUCAUGCCCAAGCCUGUCUUUUAAUCAUUAUUAUUAGGAUGAGUAUCAUUACAUAUUGUACAAAACUACGAAUAGAAUGUACUGAAACUUGAAUUAAUCUGAAAUCUGCUCGAGAAUUGCAAUGAACAUGUGAAAGUAUUCACAUCAA